AUGAAAACUGCAACACAAUUGAACAGUAUUAAAAUUGACAUAACUGAUUGUGCACAUUAUGCAAAUUAUGAACGAUGGUUUCUAGAUGCACCCAUCAAAGUUGAUGUUAUUCGUCUUUCUUAUCAUUUAAAUAAUAUUGAUGAUAUUGAUAAAUGUCAAGGAAUUGUUUUAUCCGGUGGUGAAGAUGUUGAUCCACGUCGAUAUAGAAGACCAGAUCUUCUUGGUCAAUUAGAAUUUACUGAUAUUGAUGAAAAACGUGAUGAAUUUGAAUGGGAAAUUAUUGAACGAGCAUUAAAACUUCAAUUACCGAUUUUAGGCAUAUGUCGAGGUCAAGCAACACUUGCCGAAAUUCCCGAAGGUUAUGAACCACGACAUUGGGAAUAUUAUAAACAUCCUCUUCGUCGUUUUAUGGCUCGAUAUGUAGUUCANAUCUUUUCAAAAAUCAUAUUUAUAUAUUUGUGCCUUACAAUAAAGGCUCUGAUUUGA